AUGCCGAAUCGAAAAACAAAAAGCCAAGCGCAUGCAUUUGUCGGUGCUAUCGAUCAAGGAACAUCGUCAUCGCGUUUUCUUAUUUUCGAUGCAUCGAACCUGGAACUGGUCACAUAUCAUCAAGAACCUAUAAAAUGUUUGACACCACAGCCAGGCUGGGUUGAACAAGAUCCGAAUGAAAUUCUCGAAAAAACGACCCUUUGUAUGGAAAAAGCGGUGGAAAAGUUCGAAGGACUUGGACAUCAAAAGUCUGACAUUAAAGCGAUUGGAGUAACCAAUCAACGUGAAACAACCAUCCUAUGGGAUAAACAAACAGGAAAAGUUCUUCACAAUGCUCUCGUUUGGUUAGAUGCACGUACACAAGAAACAGUUGAUUUUUUAUUGAAACAAUAUAAUAAACGACAAGAUUGUCUUCAAGAACAAUGUGGUCUACCUAUUUCAACGUAUUUUUCUGCAUUGAAAAUACGUUGGUUAAUUGAUAACAAGGAGGAAGUAAGAAAAGCCAUCGAAGCAAAACGAUGCAUGUUUGGCACUGUCGAUAGUUGGCUGUUAUAUAAUUUACUUUCCAACGACGACAAGAUCGUGCAUGUGACUGACGUGACAAAUGCUAGCCGAACAAUGCUGAUGAAUAUUCGCACGUUGAAAUGGGAUAGUAAUCUCUGCCACUUCUUCAGUAUUCCGGAACAUAUUCUACCCGAAAUUAAAUCAUCGGCGACUAUUUUUGGUCAUAUUAAUAAAGGUCCAUUGCAAGGUGUGCCUGUUGGAGCAGUACUCGGGGAUCAACAAGCUGCGCUUGUUGGACAAAAGUGUUGGAGCGAGGAUUUAGCAUACUCUCGAAAUGGUUUAUUAACAACUGUGGCAUAUAAAUGGAAUGAUGAUGAUGCGGUUUAUGCUCUCGAAGGUUCGAUUGCUAUUGCUGGUGAAUGCAUCAAAUGGUUACGUGAUAAUCUUGAAAUAAUUCCUGAUUCUCAAAGCACUGAAAAAAUUGCAGCUUCGGUGAGUGAUACCGGUGGUGUGUAUUUUGUCCCUGCAUUCUCAGGUCUCUUCGCUCCGUAUUGGAGAUCUGAUGCACGAGGUCUUAUCAUGGGAAUGACUCAAUAUACGACGAAAGCACAUAUCGUUCGGGCAGCUCUCGAAGGUAUUUGUUAUCAAACUCGAGAGAUCACUGACGCGAUGUAUGAUGAUAGUGGUGUGCGCCUUUCGAAAUUGAAAGUCGAUGGAGGAAUGGCGAAUAAUAAAGUUUUUCUUCAAAUGCUUGCGAAUAUCGUUGGUUUGAAUGUCUCUGCGCCGAGUCUGUUUGAAACAACAGCUUUAGGAGUUGCACUUGCUGCUGGCAAAGCAAAAGGCAUUGAUUUGUUUGAGUUGGACGAUGAAGAUGAAAUUGAAACUAAAAUGAAUUCAUUCAUUCCGCGAAUACAGGGCAAAGAACGUGAAGAACAUUUUCAUGCUUGGAAAAAAGCUGUUAUUAAAAGUUUCGAACGUUUCACACCGCCGUUCAAUAUUGAAAACAAAAGUGUACACGACGACAAAUCUCAUUUAUCAUCACGAACAAUUGCCUGGGCGACGAUAACAACUUUGUUUGGUGUUCUAUUGUAUAUGAGUUCUCAUCAUCAUUGA